AUGAUUUUUUCACUGAGGCAACUUCAGGAAAAGUGUGGUGAGCAGAGGAAACACCUGCAUAUUGCCCUUAUCGACCUGACCAAGGCCUUUGACCUAGUCAGCAGGGUCUGUUCACUCUCCUGCAGAGAAUGGGAUGCCACCCAAGCUCCUAAAGAUGAUCACGUCUUCCCAUGAAGGCAUGCAAGGAACCGUCCAGUACGACGGCUUGGCUAUGUACUCGCUCCCACACUCUUCGGCAUAUUUUUCUCCCUACUGCUGUCUUACGCCCUCAGCCAGUCAGAAGAUGGCGUGUACCUUCACACCAGAAGUGAUGGAAACCUCUUCAACCUUGCACGUCUCCGAGCAAAGACCACGGUUCGGAAAGUAUUACUAAGGGACACACUGAGAGUGCCUUACAGGGACUCAUCAGCUCCUUCGCACACGAUUGUAGCGUGUUUGGUCUCACCAUAAGUCUCAAGAAGACCAACAUCCUUGGCCAAGACGUCAGCAGCACACCAAGUAUCUCCACUGGCGACUACACUCUCGAAGUGGUGGAGGACUUCACUUACCUAGGCUCCACUAUUUCCAUCAACCUCUCGCUAGACACAGAACUGAAAAACGGAUUGGCAAAACAGCAGAAGCACUGGCGCAUCUGGGAAAGAGGGUCUGGGACAACACCAUGUUGACCAUCAACACCAAGAUGAAGGUGUUCCAGGUCUAGGUGCUCAGCACGUUACGGCAGCGAGAUCUAGACCCUCAACUCCAGCCAAGAGCGCAGACUCAACACCUUCCACCUGCCCUGCCUCAGAAGGACAUUAGGGAGUUUAAGCAACGACGUUUUUGAGCAACGCACGUCAACCGGCAGUGACAGUUUUGCAAUUUCUUGGGCAAAUCGUCUCUACAAGAGAAGAGACACUUAUGAUACAAAUUCGGUGGCGUCAAGAUAUAUGAAAAAGAAAAACGCUCACUUCCGGUUGACGAGCGUCCCUCAAAAACGUUGCUGCUUAAACUCCCUAUUGGCAUCACCUGGCAAGACCUUGUCCCAAACAAGGAUGUCCUAGCACAGGCCGGAGUACCUAGUGCGUUCGCCUUGCUCAGUCAGAGACAGCUGCGGUGGCUUGGCCAUGCCAGCCGCAUGGAGGACGGAAGAAUUCUUAAGGACAUACUCCACGGCGAGCUUGCUACUGGAACUCGAACUGCAGGAAGCCCUACCCUUCAUUUCAAAGAUGUUUGUAAACGAGAUCUUAAAGCAGGAAAUGUCAACCCUGCAGGUUGGGAAGCUGUCGCUGCAGACCGGUCACUGGAGACCUUCGGUCAAGGCACUCAGGCGUUUAAGGAGAGGAGAAAGGAGCAUUGGGAUGAGAGAGCGCAGACGGCUGAGGGCAGCAUCAGUACCCACAGAAACACGCACAGAAUUCAUCUGCAAUAACUGCAACAGAGCCUGCCGAUCCAGAAUCGGACUGUACAGCCACAGCAGGCGCUGCAACUCAACCACUGACUAA